AUGGGGACGGAGACGGCUCACGAGCCACCAACAUCCUCAACGCUGAGACGGGACGCGCGCUCCUCCAAGACGAACGGUGAGCGACGCAGUUUCAUAAAGGAUGGGGAUAGGGACGGCUCACAAACUGAGCCACUAACAUCCUCAACGCUGGGACAGGACGCGGGCUCCUCCACGACCAACGGUGAGCGACAUAUCAUAAGGAAUGGGGAUGGGGACGGCUCACGAGCCACCAACAGCCUCAAGCGGGCAGUGUACAGCGGAGCCCUAUCCGUGGCCGGCUACUACGAGCGCAGCGUCGGGCUCCGCAAGGCCUCCGCCCUGGGACGGGACACCGGCUCCUCCAAGACGAACGGCAUCCUGGAGAGGAUAGCGCAGCUCAAUACUCAGAACCCGAGCAUCGUGAAGACGUACCUGUGUAGUGCUGUCGACCACUACGCCAGCACCUACGGCGACCGCGGCUGGGGCUGCGGCUACCGGAACAUGCAGAUGGUGCUAUCCUCGCUGCUCAAGCACCCGCCCUACGCGGCGCUGCUGGGCGGCGCGGGCGAGCGCGACUGUGACUGCGUGCCCUCCAUCCCGCGCCUGCAGCUGCUCGUCGAGAGGGCCUGGCAGCUCGGCUUCGACACGCAGGUCGGUGCCACGCUGGCCGGGUGA